AUGUCUUCCCUUCGACAAUUCUCUCUCUCUCUCUCACACGCGCACGCCACUGCCACAGCGUGGCCAGCGCCACCGCCACCAGAGCUGAACUGAUAGCUUGGUUAUACAAUGGAGAGUGAAGAGGAUGCUGUGAAGAAGGUGCAAGUGGUGGAAGCCCGGGCAAGGAACAUCAGUCACAAUGUGAGGUGCACUGAGUGUGGUAGUCAGUCCAUUGAAGAUUCCCAAGCCGAUGUUGCCAUACUACUUCGGAAGUUAAUCCGGGAUGACAUUCGGGCAGGAAAAACUGACAAAGAUAUCUAUAAAAAACUAGAGGAUGAUUUUGGUGAGACAGUGCUUUAUGCCCCAAAAUUUGAUCUGCAGACUGCAGCUCUGUGGCUCUCUCCGGUUUUAGUUGCUGGUGUUGCUGGAGGAAUAUGGGCUUACAAAAAGCACAGGCAAAACACCAAUGUUCAUAUAAUGGCCUUGAACCUUGUCAGAGGUGUUCCAUUGACCCCAAAGGAGAAGGAAACCAUGCUAGAACUCCUCACGCCACCGCCUCCUCAUGGAGCUACUCCUUCCUCUUCUAGGUGGAGGAGGUGGAUUCCUCAAUGACGCGUCUCUGAUUCACUCUCUCUUACUAGAAACACAUGGAUUUGAACUCUGCAUUGAGAAGCUAUAAAUUAUCCAGAAAUUGCAAUCUAGUCUGCAAAGAAAAGAAUCAUCUUGUUCAAGAGUUUCAUCUCAGUCAUGUAGAGUAGGUCUUUAUGAUAAAGACCUUUUUGUUACCUGCCUCUUUGGUAGAACAAGUAUGUUUUUCAGUGAUCCGUCAAGUGUAAUGUUUGCAAUGUGCAAUCCAUGUUAUGCUUAGGGUAUUGCUGCCUUAGAGCUUUGUCCGAAUUCGAGGAUUGAAUAAAGGGUCUGAAUUGAACUCUUAUUAAUUAUAAUAAAUACUAAAUGCUUG